UCUCUCUCUAUCCCAAGUUUAGGGUUUUCUUCCAGCACUCUAUCCCGGUUUGUUUCUGUAGCCCCGCAAAGGUCUCCGUGGAGCAAACACUAGUUUCAAAUUCACUAUUUUUCUGAGACUUUUUUCCAUUUCCUGCUUAACUUCCUACCAUGACUACCGUGGUCCCCACCUCCGAGGAAGAUCCCGUUCUCUCCGCCGUCCGUUUCACCGCCGACUUGUCCUGGGCCGACGCUGGUGCCGAUGUAGCCGAGGAGCAGGUGAGUAGACUGUGUGUGGAGGCACAGGAUUGUAUGUUACAGAACAGGUGGUUGGAUUUAGCCUCACUGAUGCUCACCUCGGCUGAUAUAAUUUUCUCCAAAGCGUCCGAGAAAGAUCUUGAAUGUGUUUAUACUGUCAUUUGCAACCUUGUCAAUAAGCCUGAAGGUCUGGGUCAAGUUCACGAGAUGGCAGAGCUUAUAUCUACCAAAGUAACCCAACAGCCAAAUGAGAAGCCUGCUCUGCGCUUGAAGAUCAUGUUUAACCUCUAUAACCUAUUGGAAAGCCCAUAUAGCCGGUUCUUUGUGUACAUGAAGGCACUUAAUAUGGCGGUCAAUGGAAAGGUAACCGAACAUGUUGUGCCGUCUUUUAAAAAAAUGGAUGGCUUUUUGAGGGAAUGGAAUCUUGGAGUUAAGGAUCAGAGACAGCUCUUUCUUACAGUUGCCAAUAUUUUAAAGGAAAAUAAAAUCUCUUCAAAAGAUUCUUUCAAAUUUCUUGUCAAGUAUCUGGCGACUUUCUCCAGUGAAGAUGAACUGUCCAUGAGUGAAGCAAAGGAAGAAGCAGUCCGUGCCAUAGUUGAAUUUGUCAAGACACCUGAUAUGUUUCAGUGUGAUUUGCUGGAUAUGCCUGCUGUAGCACAACUGGAGAAAGAUGCUAAAUAUGCACAGGUGUAUCAGCUUAUAAAUAUCUUUUUGACUCAGAGGCUUGAUGCAUACUUUGACUUCCAUACAGCUAAUUCUACUUUACUAGAGAGCUACGGGCUUGUCCAUGAAGACUGCAUUGAGAAGAUGAGGCUGAUGUCGCUUGUAGAUCUGGGCAAAAAUGAACCUCAAAUUCCUUAUUCAUUGAUAAGGGACACACUUCAGAUUGAAGACAAUGAGGUGGAACUAUGGGUUGUCAAGGCAAUCACGGCUAAGUUAAUGGACUGUAAAAUUGAUCAGAUGAACCAAGUAGUUCUCGUGAGCCGCUGGAUAGAGCGUAGGUUCGGGCAGCAUCAGUGGCAGGCCCUUCGAAUGAAGCUUGCAAGUUGGAGGGGUAACAUUGCAAAUGUGAUGAGCACCAUUCAAGCUAACAAGAUAAGUGAAGAUGGCGUUCAGGCAACACAGGGGCUGGCGAUUCACUGAGAUUUUGUUUUCUAAAUUAGCAAAUGUUAAUGAUGGACGGCUCUAGUUCAGAACACUACUCGUAUUGGAUUGCCUGGCAUUGGCAAGUGUUUAAUCUUGAAACGAGACCCAACUCAAUUCAGCACGUGUUAGAGGAAUCAUGAUUUUUGUCGAAACUAAAAACUAAAUUUAAUGCAUGUAUCUUGUCAAAUUUGGCCGAAGAGUCCAUGA